CAUUUAUUUCUGUCAGUACAAUUUUGUUAUUCAAAGGUGCAAGUUGUCGAGAGAGAGUCAAAGAGCGAUUACAAAAGCAAAAUCAGUGUGCGUGUGUGCAUUUGUCAGUAAGUGAGUGUGUGUAUAUUUUACACUUGCAGACAAAGAAGAAAAUUUUAAAUACAAAAGCUGAUUAUUGAAUAAAAAAAAAGCGAACAAAAUAUUAAAAUUCAAUAAAAUCUUAAUAAAAUACUUAAUAGCAGUUAAACCACCUUACUUUAAAAAAUUAUAAACAAAUCUUGGAAAAUAAUUGAAAUAAUUAGAAGGCCCAGACAACGGAAUAGCCACGUGUGUGAGAAUACGUGGGAUUUUGGUUUGGGAGACGUUCAAAUUAUUGUGAUACAAAACACACCCAUCCUACAACUCCACACUAGAAAAUAAACAAACACCUAUAGUUAUAUACAAAAAAAAUAUACAUACAACAAGAUGUCCUCACCAAGUGCUGGCAAACGUCGCAUGGACAACGAUGUCAUCAAAUUGAUAGAAUCAAAACAUGAGGUUACAAUUAUCGGUGGCCUUAAUGAAUUUCAUGUGAAAUUCUUUGGUCCUCAUGGGACACCGUACGAAGGUGGCGUUUGGAAGGUUCGUGUCUACCUGCCCGACAACUAUCCCUUCAAAUCACCCAGCAUAGGUUUUGUGAAUAAAAUCUAUCAUCCUAAUAUAGACGAAUCGUCCGGUACCGUCUGUCUCGAUGUUAUAAAUCAGGCCUGGACAGCACUGUAUGAUUUAUCAAAUAUCUUUGAAUCAUUUUUGCCACAGCUGCUCACAUAUCCCAAUCCAGUCGAUCCCCUUAAUCGUGAUGCAGCCUCACUGUAUUUACAUGAACCUGAAGAAUAUCACCGCAAAGUAGCUGAUUAUGUACAACGUUAUGCCACAGAGGAGGCUUUGAGAGCCGCCCAAGUUGAGCGUGAGAGUAGUGAUAGUGAAUCCAGUAUGUCGGACUAUAGUGAGGAUGAGGCAAGGGAUAUGGAGUUAUAAUACCGGUUUAAUAUUAAGUUAAUAUUAUGAAUUUGAAAAUAAUUGCAAUAAUUAUAGAGAAUACAAUUUUAAUGAAAACAAAAAGAAAAGAAAAAAGAACAUGAAGUAUGAAAUAAUAAUGUUAAAAAAAAACUACAAAUUAAAAAAAAGAAGGAAAACACAAAACAAACAAACACCUUACCGUAAAUUAAACUCUAACCCUCUCUACUAAAUAACACAAACAAACAAAUAGUUAUAAUAAAAUGAAGAAAAUACAAUAUGUAAUAGUGUAAUAAAUGAAAAUUAACUUAGUCAAUCAACCAAUCAAUAUAUGAAAAUGUAAAACACUAACAGCAUAAAACCAAUCCUCCCCUUUAAAAUUUGUUUCUUCUAAACUGAUACAAAAAAAUACUUAAAUACAACACAGAGAAUAAUAAUAUUUUAAAUUUAAAUUCCCUUAACAAAUAACACAAAUUUGUAAAACACCACAACUACAAAACCUACAAACAUUAUCUUUUACAC